AUGGCGUUCUUAGUAUGGUUGGGGUUGGGGGUUCUGCUUGCUUUCGAGCGAGGAGAUUCCGGCUCGGAAGCACCACUAUUGAAGUCUCCAAUCUGCUAUUUGCUGCAAGAUACUACGGCAGCCCUGAGGAGCUCAACAUCAAAAGACAGCCUGGCCUCCCUCAAGCUCCCAAAACAUGUCACUCUAACGGAUGACUGGUUGAGCCGAACCACUGAAGUGUCCAGUGGAUAUGAUGCAGAAUGGCUUGACCAUCGUAACUCUGUCUCUUAUGAUAUUUCUUAUGCAAAGAGCAAUCCAAUGGCAUGUCCCAAGAAUAAAAACCUGCCUCGAGAAGUACGGCCCAGCCUGAAUAAAGUUGGAAAAACUGGCUUGCGCCAUUCCCUACUACACGGCAUUAGCCAAAAGUCGCAUCAGCACGCCCCGCCUUCCAGACAACUAUGUCCCGAGUUCAUUCAUCGUCUUCUUAUACAGAACUUCAAGUCUUUUUCGGUCACGGGCGUUAUGAUCAGCAGAUCAGGUUUACUGCAUACGUUGCGAUUCGCCCAUCUUCAAUCGCCACUGGCUACAGCUUUCUCCUCAGGCACCCGAUACGCAUGGACAAGCUCGAAGGGAGAGGGUCACAGCGUGGACCGGAGCAGGCGCAGCGACACCACCGAUCCAACAACCAAGGGGACAGCCGGAGGCUUGAAGGAGAAGGGAGAGGCUACAAAGAGAAAGGGUAAUUCCAAAAGCAAUGCCACGGAAGAGCGGAAUCACGAGGGGAGCACAAAAAAAGCAGAGAAUGACUUUCCGGAAGCUCCCAGGCCUAUUAUUGGCAUGUCUGACGAAAGGGGAAAGGUGAAAAGGGAUUUGAGUGACAUAUGCAUGUUUAAGAGAGUUCUACCUCCCCAAGUCGACAUCCAAGUCGACAUCCAAGCAGGGAAGCCUUGUAUCAUCGGCCGACUUUAA